AUGACUCUUUGCGGUACAACAGCUUCAAAUGUUACAAAAAUGAUGGCUGCAUACAAUGGUGGCUCUUCUGCCGUGGCUGCCCAUCACCCUCAUCACCACCACCAGCUGCAGCAUCUCCCGCCUCCACACAUGCAUCACCACCACCACGUGGGCCAGCAUCACUUGCAGCACCCGGGCUCCGCCGCUGCCGUUCACACCAUCCAACAGCACACCUCCACUGCUGCUGCCGCCGCCGCCGUGAUGCUUAACCCGGGACAGCAGCAACCUUACUUCCCUUCUCCGGCCCCCGGACAGGCCCCCGGGCCUGCGGCAGCGGUGGCUCCUGCCCAAGUUCAAGCUGCCGCCGUUAAAGCUCACCAUCAUCACCACCAUCACCAGCAGCACGCACACCACCUGCAGCAACAGCUUGAUAUAGAGCCUGACAGGCCUAUCGGCUAUGGUGCGUUUGGGGUUGUCUGGUCAGUCACAGAUCCCAGAGAUGGAAAACGAGUUGCCCUCAAAAAGAUGCCCAAUGUCUUCCAAAACCUUGUUUCUUGCAAGAGGGUAUUUCGAGAACUAAAGAUGCUAUGCUUCUUCAAACAUGAAAAUGUGCUGUCUGCUCUUGACAUUCUGCAACCUCCACACAUUGACUACUUUGAAGAAAUAUAUGUUGUGACUGAACUGAUGCAAAGUGACCUCCACAAAAUCAUCGUGUCACCACAACCUCUGAGCUCAGACCACGCCAAAGUCUUUCUCUAUCAGAUUCUACGAGGACUUAAGUACCUUCAUUCUGCUGGCAUUCUUCACCGUGACAUUAAACCUGGCAACCUCUUGGUCAACAGCAACUGUGUGCUCAAGAUUUGUGAUUUUGGAUUGGCACGAGUAGAGGAGACCGAUGAGUCCAGGCACAUGACCCAGGAAGUGGUGACACAAUACUACCGAGCCCCAGAGAUCCUGAUGGGGAGCCGACACUACUCCAACUCUAUCGAUAUCUGGUCUGUGGGCUGCAUUUUUGCGGAGCUACUCGGGCGAAGAAUUCUCUUCCAAGCCCAAAGUCCCAUUCAGCAGCUGGAUUUGAUCACAGACUUGUUGGGGACUCCUUCUAUGGAGGCGAUGAGGACAGCAUGUGAAGGAGCUCGUGCUCACAUUCUCAGAGGACCUAAUAAACAGCCAUCCCUUCCUGUUCUUUACACUCUGUCCAGUCAAGCAACACAUGAAGCUGUUCACCUCCUCUGCAGGAUGCUAGUGUUUGAUCCGUCGAAGCGGAUUUCGGCAAAGGAUGCCUUGGCACAUCCUUACUUGGACGAGGGCCGUCUGCGUUACCACACGUGCAUGUGCAAAUGCUGCUACACGACAUCGUCUGGCCGCGUUUACACAAGUGACUUUGAGCCUGUCACCAACCCCAAGUUUGAUGAUGGCUUUGAGAAGAAUCUAAGCUCUGUGAGACAAGUCAAAGAGAUCAUCCAUCAGUUCAUUUUGGAACAGCAAAAGGGGAGUCGAGUACCACUCUGCAUUAACCCUCAGUCAGCCGCAUUCAAGAGCUUUAUCAGUUCCACAGUGGCUCAGCCGUCUGAAAUGCCUCCUUCUCCACUGGUGUGGGAAUAG